AGCAAGCCCGGAGCGCGUCAGCGUCCUGAAGUGGACACUGGCACGAUACUGACCCUCUAUUCGUGGAUUAUUAACUCGCUGUGGUAUUGGGCACAAAGCUCCAGCUUCGAGCAGCGCGGUUUCAGACGCUCUCAGAGCUGGGAGAGCAUCAGCUUGAAACGCACGCCAUCGACGCGACACAGCAAUGGGCGCACUUGGGGACGCGCCAUGGCGACUUCUCGUCUUAGAUUUCAUCACGUUCGUCGCGCUGGGAGGUGGUACCGUCGUCAUCCCGCUGGCGCUCGUGAAGCACUGUCAAAGUAACGACGACAACUGCGCGGCGAAGGCGGCGCAGCGGCUCGUCCAGUACGGCCUCGCGGGGAGUCUGCCGCAGCUGCUGGCCGCGCCGCUCGUCGGGAGGGCUUGUGAUCGAUUGGGGCCAAAAAUACCAUUACUCGCGGGCGGCGUCGGCGUCGUCGCGUCGCUGAUACUCGCCGCGCUGUGGGCGCUCUACGGCUGGCCGUUCUACGCCCUGCUCCUCUCGGCGGCGGCGAACGGUUUGUGUGGCGGCACGCUCGGCUUCCUCGCCGCGUCCUUCGCCUACGCGGCGGCAAGCGCCAAGGCGCCGGAGGAGGAAACGUACGCGCCGCUGGCCGGCGCGGCGGAGGAGGAGGAAGCGCCGGAGCAGCGUACCGGUGGGUUCCGCGGCGUCGCCGUCGCGCUGACGCUGAGCAUAUGCGUGUCGCCGGCGGCCGGCGGCGCCGCGGCCCAGCACUUCGGCGCCUUCGCGACGCUCGCCGGCGCUUCUGGUAUUGCGGCGGUCGCGUUGCUUUGGACGCUAUUUGCUCUGCCGGCGGUGGCGCCGACGAAGAGCGAGGCCAAAGCGGACGUGCUGCGAGGUCUCAAAGUCGUCGCGGCGCCGCCGACGCGCUUUUUAGCUUUAGCUUGGACGCUGGUGGCGACGAACAAUAUUGGUGUGGGGAACAUCGCUACCCAAUACCUCGCCCGCGAUCGCUCAAGCACAGGAGUUGGCCUCUACAUCUCGCUACUGGGCGCCGCGGCCGCCGUCGGCACUCUCGUCAUAGAACCGCUCGUUCGGAAAAUAUGGACAGGGGACGAGUUUAGGCUCAACCUGUUGCUCGCGCGAGCCGGGUGCCUCGUCGCCGCCGGCAUCUCCGUAGGAUUCGCCCUGCUCCCGGCGUCGAAUCCCGGCAUUUAUGGUAUUGCGUGUCUCGCGUCUGUCACGGCGGCCUCGAUGCCCGCGAGCCGCGCGCUGCUCGUGGCGUCCGCGCCGAAAGAGGACGGCGGCGCGGCGUUGGGUGCCCUCGGCGCUUUGGAAUCGGCCUCGGGGCUGGUCGCGCCGGUGUGGUUAGGGUACCUGUAUGCCUACGGCGCGCGGCACUCGCGCGCGGCCGACGCGUUCUACGGGACGGUCGCGACGGCAGCGUUGGCGUUCGUCGUCCUCGUCGUGCGGCCGCCGGAGCCGCGGCACGAGUACCUGCGGCGUAUCUCGUUGCCCGCCGUCACGGCUGUUUCAGAGGAUGGUGGUGGCGAGGGGACGCUCGUGUGAUUUCGUUGGUCGAGUUCUAGUUGUAAUUAUUUCGUUCGUGUUCU